UUCGGCCCCUGAGGAAGUGAACCGGCUGGGUGGCGCUGUCAGUGCUGGAGGUGAUGUAAGGUCUCCCCUGAAAAUAAGACCUGCUGCUUCUUUUGGAGACAAAAAUAAAUAAAUAAAAUAAGACCUGGUCUUAUUUGGGGGAAAACAUAGUAGCUGUACACCUCUAUUCACUUCUUUUCCCCCCUGGCCCUCUAUUCCACGCCCCCCCCGUUUGUGUCACCUCAGGUGCCCGCCUCUGAUGGAUAUCACUCUGCAUAUGCUGAAUGGCUACCUGCUGGCUUCCAAAGCCUACCUGAGCGCUCACCUGAAAGAAACAGCAGAUCAGGACGUCAGGCCUUUGCAAAACAACGCAAUGGGUUUGGAAGCCCCGGAAGUGACGCGGGACGAACUGAAAAACGCCUUGCUAGCAGCCCAGGAUAGCGCUGCGGUGCAGAUCCUUCUGGAGGUUUGCUUGCCUUUGGAAGAAGAAACCUCUCCAGGUAGCAGGUCCAGCAGAUUGCUGAUGAGCCAGCUGGGAACCGCUGAACGCAGUCCUCAAAACAUGCAACCCAAGGAGAAAGAACGGGAAGAGGAGGAGAAGGAAGAUGGAGAGGGGGAGGGAGUAGAAGACAGCCUUCUCUGCAACCUGCGGGAAGUCCAGUGUCUGGUCUGCUGUCUGGUGCACCAGAUGUUCAUCGCCGAUCCCAACAUCGCUAAGCUAGUUCACUUCCAGGGCUAUCCUUGUGAACUGCUCCCCCUCACCGUGGCUGGCAUCCCCUCUAUGCAUAUCUGCCUGGACUUCAUACCUGAGUUGAUUGCUCAGCCUGAACUCGAGAAACAGAUUUUCGCUAUCCAAUUGCUGUCCCACUUGUGCAUUCAGUAUGCUCUGCCCAAAUCCCUCAGCGUGGCACGUUUGGCUAUCAAUGUCAUGGGAACGCUCCUGACAGUUCUCACCGAGGCCAAGCGUUACACGUUCUUUAUGCCGACCCUUCCCUGCUUAGUCUCCUUCUGCCAAGCUUUCCCUCCGUUGUACGAAGACAUCAUGGCGCUGCUCGUUCAGAUCGGACAAGUCUGCGCUUCGGACGUGGCCACCGAGACGAGGGAUUUUGAUCCAAUCAUUACACGCCUCCAGCAACUGAAGGAAAAACCUACCGAACACGUGAGGCUUCCUAAGAAUCUGACUCACAAGACCGGAGGAGGGACCACCAGCACAGACCCCAAUGUCCAGCUUUGUCACUGCAUCGAAAACACCUUCGUCGAAAUCAUUAAUAUGAGCGUCGGCGCCGUUUAAACGCAUCUGGGUCGGUUGGCUUGUCACCGAGUGUGAGAUGCGUCUGGAUUUGGGGCUGACGUAAAAACCAAGGAUUGUCCAGAAACAUGUGGAACGUUUUUCACUCACCGCAAGUCAACAACAGCUGCUUUCAGAGAAAGGGUCUCUAGGCUGGGAUGAUUAAGAUCUGUUUUGUCCAGCCAGACCUCUUCAGACAACCGUCCUGACUGGAGAUUCUGAGAAAGAGGAGCAUGGAUCAAAGGCAGGGAAAGCUGGUCUGGUGUUACCCUUUCCCUUAAUUGGGAAUCCAGGUUUCCUUGCAUUCCCAAGAGAAGGCCGUGCAAAACAUGAUUGCCAGUGUAUAAUGUAACAUCAUUCGUAGAAUUGGAUUGACCUUUUGUAAAAAAAAAAAUGUCUUAUAUUCCUUCACCUGACUCCAUCGUAUCUUGGAUUAAAGCUGAAAAGGUUAAA